AUGGCGGAGCAGGAGGAGGAAGAGGAGGAGGAGGAAGAGGAGGAGGAGGUAGAAGGUGGGUCGGCGGGGAGCCGCUGGAUCGCGUGCUCCGAGUGCCUGGAGCGCCGAAUUCAGUCCGACUUCUCGGAGGAUCUCAUAUUCCGCCACGGCGUCUCCGACUCUGCCCUCCCAUUUGGUUGCGCUGCCGUCGUUGAGGUCUGCCGAUUGUUCCCUACGCGUCAUUCCCUGCAUUGUCUUCAGUACUUUGCAGCUUUUAUGGGGAGGGAGGCCUUGUUCUCUCAGCCGUUUAUUUUUCUGUCUCUGAGUUUUCAUUUAGUGUUUGAAUGUGAUCGUAAUUUUUUAUAGAAUAUUUUAAUUUCGUGACUGAUGGAUCCAAUGCAGAUGAAUCUGACGAAAGGAGCGGAAGAAUCGACGAGGUAAGUCCGAAGCACGCGUGAAACAUUUCUACCUUUUCUCAGUUUUCUUAACCAUUCCUGGUUAUGGUUUUAAUGAGUUUUAUGUAAUAAAAUGGAAAUAACCUUCCUCUAAGCUAUUAUGCAGACUGUUAGGUUAUAUGGUAGGUGAAAUUUUUAGGUGGCGAGCUGAAUGUAGAAAUGUUUGCGGACAUUGAACAUGUUUUCAAAUUUGAGUAUGUGUGAUUAGGCUCUUUUCAUCUGUUUUAGAACUUUAUUUAGGUUGAGGGAGUUGGAUGAGGCAAUGAUAAGUCUAAUCGAGUGGCCAUGAUAUAGGAUCAUCUGCCGGGGUUGGUAAAAAUGUUUUGCCCAUGAAGAGGUUAUUUCUGUCAAUUUAUAAUCACGAGGAACAACAUCCAAGAUUGGCAUAGAUUAUGGCUAUUUGCAGAACUUGGAUGAAUUUUUUUUCUUGUAUUUUAUAUGUUUCAUAUUUCAAUAAACUUAAUAUUUAUUUUGAUGUACCCUGAAUCUCUGUUUGACAUUCAUCAGUGACGAAGUUGCUGCUCAAUUUUUGCUUGUAGUAUUGAGUAACCAGGAGGAUGCCCUCUCAGACGCUAGGUGAGACAUCAUAUUUUCAGCCUAUAGACCCCAAGAGGAAUAAUAUGAUGUUUUCUGAUAUUUUCCGGGUUUCUGAUUCACCCAUAUUUCAACCUUCUGGAGUAGGUAUUCUUUGUGUGAUAGUACCGUGGACCCUCUUUCUGGUAAUGAGAGAAUGCCCUCGUCAAAAACUAGUCACCAUCAGGAUGGGAUCAAUAUUGGAGUCCUUGAUGAUGAUCACAUUCACUCAUCAGAUUGGAAAUCGAGGCUUAUGUCGGGGAUUAAAGACAUUAGCUCUCUCCAACGGCUGAUCACUGCUUUGUCACCAGGUGUUCAUGUUGGCAGUGGUUCGUACUCUACUCUGCAGGAGCUUGUUAGCAAUUAUUUAUCUGGUUCUACUGAAGACCAUGUAAUGUCAUCUAUUAAUCUUCUCCUUGAAAGAGAAACCUCUGGGUCCUACGAUGUUGAUUUCUUCAGUUCAAUUGGAUUACCUUUUUUUAUGGAAAAAGAUGUUCCUCGUGGUGUUAGGCAUCCUAAUGUUGCUCCUGUCUUGGGUAUGUUAAGAACAUCUAGCUGUGCAUAUUUGUUACAACCCAAAGCUCCAUAUACCUUGGAGACCGUUUUAAAUUACAGCCCUAGAGCUUUGCAGUCUGACUGGCAUAUCAGAUUCUUAAUUUACCAACUACUCUCUGCACUGAGUUACAUCCAUAGCUUAGGAUUCGCUCAUGGCAAUAUAUGCCCUUCCAGCAUUAUGCUGACUGAUUCACUCUGGUCUUGGUUGAAUUUAUGUGAUGGAAAAGACUGUACCUUGGGCUCGAAGGAGGACUCUAUUCCUUCCAGAGUAUGCUUUUGCAUGAAAAACUGUCCUUGCCAAGCUAUAUAUGCAGAUUUAAAGCUAUCAAGUCCUAUUGACUGGGGAUGCGAUUUCAAGCGAUGGUGGAUGGGGGAAUUGAGCAACUAUGAAUACCUUCUUAUUUUAAAUAAAUUAGCGGGCAGAAGUUGUGGAGAUCACACAUUCCAUACAGUGAUGCCCUGGGUCAUAGAUUUCAGUGUGAAACCUGAUGAAGAUUCUGAUGUUGGUUGGAGAGAUCUCCAGAAGAGCAAGUGGCGCCUAGCAAAAGGAGAUGAGCAGCUAGAUUUCACUUAUUCAACCUCUGAGGUUCCCCAUCAUGUCUCUGACGAGUGUCUCUCAGAACUAGCUGUCUGCAGUUACAAAGCAAGAAGGCUGCCUUUGAGCAUACUUCGUUCUGCUGUCCGUUCUGUUUAUGAGCCGAAUGAAUAUCCUUCUAAUAUGCAGAGGCUUUACCAAUGGACUCCUGAUGAGUGCAUUCCUGAGUUUUACUGUGACCCUCGUAUCUUUUAUUCUAUUCAUCCUGGAAUGAGUGAUCUUCGUGUGCCUUCCUGGGCCAAGUCUCCUGAGGAUUUUAUCUUGUUGCAUCGUGCUGCUUUAGAGAGUGAUCGUGUUUCUCGGCAGAUUCACCAUUGGAUUGAUAUUACCUUUGGUUACAAACUUUUUGGUGAGGCUUCUAUUGCAGCCAAGAACGUUAUGCUGCCAACAGCAGAUCCCAUGAUGCCAAAGUCGAUUGGACGACGUCAGCUCUUCACUAGACCUCAUCCAGUGCGCCAAUGUUCUUGGAAAAAAUCUCAUCAUAAUCUGAAAGAGCAAAAAAUGAGCCAUCUAGCCCCAGAAAAGGGAAAUCAUAUGGGUUUGAAUGAGAAUGUAAAUGCUACAAUAUCACCAGAAGAAGACUGCCUCCUCCCAGAAACCUGCUUCCUGCAAGCAUUGGAAGCAUCUGUUUCCUUUUCUGCUGAUGCCUAUGUCCUGAGUCCAAUCUACAAUAUCAGUGAAAAACUUAUGGAGGAAAGUUUUAUUCGUAGACCAUCAGAUGAGAAUGUGCCAAGGAGAGUUGACGUAGAGAGUCACUGCUUAACAUCACGUAAUGUUGAUUUAUCUUGCCUCUUAGAAUCUUUUGGAGCUGGUGACAAUGGUUUCAUAGGUUUCCAGGAUUUGCUCUGUUUGAAGCAACAACUUUCAGACUCAACAGUUCUCUCUGAACAUGUUGCGAGGGACAUGUUCUCUGUUGGAUGCAUCUUAGCCGAAUUAUAUUUGAAAAGGGCACUCUUUGAUUCUGUCUCCUUAUCUAUUUAUUUGGAAAAAGAUAUUCUGCCUGGAGUUAUAUGGGAGCUUCCUGCACAUGUUAGGAUACUUGUUGAAUCAUGCAUCCUGAAGGAUUGGAGGAGGUAUGGUUGCCAUAUAUAUUUCGUUUUUCCAAUGUUAGGGCCUAUUAGACUGUAAGAUAAAAUAAAAUAGAAAGAUAAUAUUUAAGAAACUUGAUCUGCUGAUUUUUGAUUAUGUCUUCUGCUUAGUGGAAACCAAGGACAUACUAUUUGUACUCGUGGUCCAAUAGAACAUAAAAUCAAGAACAACACGAAUUUCAUUGCUUAUGAUUAAAAAAGGAGAUGAAACAAAGGGAAAAUUUAAUCUCCUAGAUUCUUGAUAUUCUGUUGCGGUUGUGCAUUGCUUUAUCUUGAGCAUGUUCAUGUUAUUUUGUGCCUGGAGAAUGAGUUUGCAUCUCAUUUUUCCUGUUAUCCAGUAUCUUCUCUGAAUUUUUAUUUAUGCCAGGAGGCCCUCAGCUAAAAGUAUUCUGGAAUCACAGUACUUCCCUCCAACAGUCAGGUCUGUGUAUCAUUUUGUUGCCCCACUCCAGACUCUGUCAAAAUCUGUAUCUCGCCUUCAGUAUGCUUCAAAAAUUGCAAAAGAAGGAGCCUUCAAAGCCAUGGGCCCAUUUGCUGCGGAAAUGUGUGCUCCAUACUGCUUAUCCCUUAUUUCCAAUUCUUUAUCCGAUGCUGAAAGUGAGGCAUCUUUAUCUCUACUUACAGAAUUUGUGGGAUGCUUAAAACUUCCUGCAAUUAAGUCACUGAUCCUACCAACUAUUCAGAAGAUUUUACAGGUUUGUUUUGCAAGGCAGUAGCAUGAUUCUGUUUGUACACAUUUUUUGGGCAAUUUAUUGUUAUAUUUUUUGAGUCACCUUUUGGAUAUAAAAGGAAAAUGCGGUUUAUAGUUUAUCAUGAGUUUUCAUAUAAUAUUUUAAUUUCUUGUCAAAAACUAUACAGUAACGCAAACCCUGGGAGGAUAUACAGUGGGAAAAAAUCUCUGCUUCUUACUCACAUCAUAGAUAACUGGUAGUUAUAACAAGUAAUAACAAGUACAAGGGCCGCGAAAUAAAUAAACUACCUAACAAAAUAGGAAACUGACCAACUAAGAGCUAAGCUCCUAUAUAUGCGUUCUUUCCUAACUUAUUGAUAUUGAGAUUGAGUUUGAUUGCUAUUACCAUGUUAUUUUAUUCCUCAAAUGCCCCAUGAAUGAAAAAUCACUGUUGCCUUUAAAAUGUUUCUGUUUUGGAGCCACUGCAAGGAUUCUUUGGACAUUAAUUUCUUUCUUGAGCAUCGUCAUCAGACACAUGCUUAUUCCUGGGGGUUUCUCUCUAGGUUUUUGUGCUCAAUUUUUCUGAAAUAGUUUGUGUUGCGAUUUUCAUUGUUUAAAUAUUGAAAUAAUUGACCAUAGAAUAUUCCAAUAAUCAUAACAUGUAUUUUGCCUCAGCUAGCUGGCUCUUUACACUUAAAGAUUUCUCUUCUCCAAGACUCUUUUGUUCGGAAAGUAUGGAAAGAUUUGGGUAAACAAGUGUACUUGGAGAAGCUGCAUCCUCUGGUGAUUUCAAACCUGUGUAAUUAUCCGAACAGGGUCACCGCUUCUGCUGCAUCUGUACUACUGAUUGGAUCUAGUGAAGAGCUUGGCCUUCCAGUCACCAUUCAUCAGGUUAUUAGACAAUGCAACAGUUUCUUUUCAUCACUGACUUGAAGAUUUUUUCUCUUACUAGCAUUUUUGAAUACUAUUUCUAAAAAAUUGCAGACAAUUUUGCCCCUUAUACAUUGUUUUGGGAGAGGGCUCUCAGUGGAUGGAAUUGAUGCACUGGUUAGAAUUGGUAUUUCAGUGCAUUCUUGUUCACUAUUUCGUUGUUUUAGAAUUACUUCGGUAAUGAUUUACUGACUAGCUCUUUACCCAUUGGUAAUGAUUUAACUCGCAAUUGUUCUGUAUGUUUGUGUUUGCAGGUGGGCUUCUUGGAGAGGAUUUUAUUACCAGACAUCUUUUGCCUCUACUGAGGAAUGUUGUCUUGUCGUGUCUUGAUGCUUCCUCUGUGAAUAAGUCUGAACAAAUCCAGAGUUGGAAUUCUUUAGUGCUGAUUGACUGUUUUACUACUUUAGAUGGUCUGGUCAAACUCUUGCAAAAGGAUAUGAUUCUCAAAGAACUUAUCAUGGUAAAAAUCUGUUUUUCAUUCUGAAUAUAUCCAGCUGUGUGACAUCUGAUUGGAUUGUUGAUGUCUUAUUUUUCGCCUUUUGAUUUUUUUUAUUAUACAGGAUCAUUUCUGCCUUCACAUAAAGGUUCUUGGUCGAACUAAUCUGGAUCUUUCCGUAUUCCAAGUACGCCUUUUUACUCUCUUUGGUUUUAUGCUGGAUGCUGAAGUUUUUACAUAACUCAAAAACUGCCAAUGUUCAAUGAGUAUAAUUUUCAGUCAACUUCUAUGUACUUUUCUCGUGAUAUUUUGGCUUCCUGCUAGGUUGUUGCAACAACACUUGUCAAUGUCUGUCAACGGAUAGGACCCGAGUCAACUACAGCCCAUGUCCUACCUCAGCUUAAAGGACUCUUUGAUGAACUUGCCUUCUCUCAAGAGGCUGUGGGCUCUAGUUCCUCCAGAAGAAACUCAAGUUCUUCUGUUGCAAAAUUAGACAGGGAAAUCUUCAUAGAGAGUCGUUUGGACCUUGUGUAAGAGCUAUCUAUACUGCAAAUAUUUUUUUCCUGUGGGGACAUCUUGUAACGUUACCUCAUGCUUUUUUCGUAAUGGCAGAUUGCUUUUAUAUCCUUCCUUUGCAUCACUUAUUGGCAUAGAGAGGCUGCGUCAGAGUUGUGCCACAUGGUUUCUUCUGGAGCAAUUUCUUGAAAGGUCUCACAGUUGGAAGGUAGUCUCGUCUGCUCAUUUUUUUACUUGGUAUUCUUUGCUGUAGUGUCCUGUAAAAAUUCUAGCUUGUCCUUUUGAUAUCUUUAUAUCUCUCUCUAUAUAUACAUGCAUUUCUGUAUUUUGAUUUCUCCAUUUACUCGGUUACCUAAUCUCCUUAUAAUUGUGUUGCAGUGGGGGCUUACAGAAGAAGCUUCUCGGAGUGAUAGUGUUGAGAAUACAAAUCGUCAGAGAGGCACAUUCUCAGCAACUUCAUCAAUUGACUAUAAUCCAGCCAAGCUGUUACUCAAUGGGGUUGGUUGGUCUAUACCACAAUCACAGGGGGCCAGAGGCGGCAAGAGUUUGAUGUAUUAUAAACAUCUCCAUGAUCAGAGGGCUACAACAGAGAAAGAUAAAGUUAAUUCUGGUUUGGACAGGCAUCAUCCCUGGUUCUGGUUUCCUAAAACUGCUGCUAGCUGGGAUGUAGUAGAUUAUCUUGGGCGUGCUGGGAGCCUUAAAGAUGAUCCAUGGAGAAUCAAAGCAUCGAUUCUUUGUUCAACUCGGGCACAUCCUGGAGUUCUACGAUCCUUAGCUGCUUCUCAUGAUGAAUGUACAGUUUUCACUGGAGGAGUUGGGCCUGCAUUCAAAGGAACUGUACAAAAAUGGGAAUUGCCUCGAAUGAACUGUGUUUAUGCGUAUUAUGGCCAUGAUGAGGUUGAUUCCUUUCCUUUUCAGAAAGUUUGAAGCAUGAUUUUAAAUUGCAGAAAUUUGACCUUUUUCUAGCUCUAAACAUGCAAUUCUAUUUGUCACAGUAGUCCUACAUAAAAAAUGUAAAAUUCGGUGCUAUUAAUUAGUGAGCCUACUCUACCGGCAUUUGCGUUCUAGCUAGAUGACCCAUUAAUUUUAAGAUGGUAUUAGAGAAAUUUGCUCUUGGGUUAUGUUGUUUACCUGACUUUUAAUUAGUUUGAACAUGGGGGGUUGUGUUAGCAUAAAAUGGCCCAUUGCUUGUAAAACUAAAAUUAUGUGGCAUAAAUAGAUGAACUUUGAAUUGAUCCUAGAUCAUCCCUUAUGGACAUGAGGCCUCUUGUUUGACGAUCCAACGACUUAAAAUGUUGUUUCUAUGGAGAAAAUGUAUUUGGCUGCUCUUAUAUAAAUUCUGAUGUCAUUUGUUUGCUGGGAAUUAACUAAGAAAAGCGAAACAUUGAAGGGUUCCAACUCUGUUGUGUUUUUGAGAUAAGAUUAUGUACGGUGUUUCUUACUUGGAAAUUAGAGAACGUCUGGUUGCAUUUAUGAUAACUUAUACCAAGUAUAUGCAUGGACUGUGACAGUGCUUUCUUAAAAGGAUUUGUUUACGGACAGCAGGGAUAGAAUGCCUCAUCUCCUUCUUCAUGUGACUCAUUGGGCAACGUAUGGUUGCACUGGAGCAAUACUGUGAUCUGGGGGAGCCAGAUACUGUCCCGGUCAGGUCUGGUCUAGAUUUCGAUCAAAUUAGGUCAACCAUAUCAAUUGACCCAAGGGAAUGGAAACAAAUUUAGUCAAAUCAAUUGGUAGACCUUGGCUUUUUCUAAACGUUUUAAAUGAAAAAGACACAAUAUGAUUCUCUAAAGUAAGAGGAUUUUAAUGAAGGAACCAUUUGUCUAUCCGCGUAAGGUUUGUCAGUUCUCAGCAUAUUACAUUCUGUUUUUCCUUUACUCUCUUUCAAGGAGGGAUUGCGAUUCCCCCCAGAUGGCCUUUGUACUUUUUUCUAUCACUCGAACAUAAUUCAUUUUAUUUAGUUUUCCCCAACGGAGGUGAUUUUUUAUAAAACAAUUCUAUCUUUUCUAUUGUUCUUAGGUAUUGAUUUUUUUUAAUUCUAUUUUUUUUAAUUUUACUUAGUCCUUGUAGGUUGUUAACGACAUCGCUAUCUUGUCUAUGAGUGAAAGGAUUGCCUCUUGUGAUGGCACCAUUCAUGUAUGGAGCAGCCUUAGUGGAAAGCUCAUUACAGCAUUUGCUGAAUCAUCAACAAUUACAUCGCAGCAUUCAAGCACUUUGCUGCCAUUUAAAGUAAAUGCUGAUCCUCCAACCCAUGUGCCACCCACCAAUUCCUCCGGUGGAAUUUAUUCGAAUGCAUUCAGUGGCAGCAUGUACACUUGUAUGCAUCACUUGGACUCGGAUGAUAAGCUGGUAGCUGGCAUGGGAAGUGGUUGUAUCCGGUAUAUACUCAAUUUAUUUUUUCUAGAGAUUUUUGCACCCGUGAUGUAGUUUAUCUUAGUAAUCACUAGCUUACACCUCUUGAUCCUAGAAAGUAGGUGAUGUGCAUUUUGUUUCUACAAACUGCAUAUUUUCCCUAAAUUUAAUUUUUAUUAGAUCCCAUUUAAUAGACUAUUUUGACUGCUAUGAAUGGUUGGAAGAACACUGAUAAAACGUGAACCAUAGGUUCAUUGAUCUGGCUGAGGGCAGGAAGCUGCAUUUGUGGAGGACCGACACAGCUGAACAUUAUUUAUCGUCUAUUGUAUCUGCCAUUUGCUCUUGCGGAUCCAGUGAACUCCAAGCGGAAAGAUCUCCAUGUGCACCACACUGGCUUGCUGCAGGACUGAGUUCAGGCCAUUGCAGGCUUCUUGAUUCAAGAAGUGGAGAGAUUGUUGCCGUUUGGCGUGCCCAUGAUGGCUAUAUUACUCGAGUAUGCUCUCUAUAUGCUGAACCUGAUAUGAUUCCUUUUUAAUUGAUUUUUUUUUUUUUUGGUGGUCUCUGUCAUUAUAUACAACAAUCAUAAAGCCUGGACACCAGGAUAUAUGCUUGAAAAGGCUGUUCCAUGAUGAGUUAUGUUGGGGAAUGCUGAUCUCAAUAACAUCAUGCCACAGACAAAUGAAGAUAAGAAAAAAAAUUUGAAACUCAACUUAGAAGAGUAGUAAGGAUUUUGAACGUGUAAAUGAGGAGGAAGUGUCUUCUAUUUCAGAUUAACCUUCAACUCAAUUCAUCGUUUUCAUUUCAAAUCCGGUUUUCUGAAUUUUCCUAUUCACCCAUUCUUGUGUCCUUACUGUUUUCUAAUUUCCUCUGGCUUCUUUAAUAUUUGCAGCUGGCUUCACCAGAGGACCACAUGCUUGUUUCCAGCUCACUUGAUAGAACUCUGCGGAUUUGGGACUUGAGAAGGUAUCUUUUUCUCUCCUUGUCAGCUUACACAGUUGGAAAAUCUUGGCAAAGAGUUGCGGAAGGACUUAUUCAUUCGCUGGUUCAACGUUUUAGGUGUUUUCUAGAUUUGAGACUGCUCGAAUCUUUCUGUCCCCUCAAAGAUGAGGAUAUUUUCACAUGGUGUUUCAAUUUCUGCCGCCCAUUUGUUUCGCAGGGACCUGUCAUCUCAGUCAAAUAUUUUCACGGGCCACUCAGAUGGCAUCUCCAGCUUCGCUAUGUGGGGUCAGAACAUAAUUUCAAUAUCUAAGAACAAGAUUGGGCUCUCCUCUUUUUCAAGAUCCACAUCUGACGUAUGUGUUACGCUGUGAUUGUUUUGACUUUUGUCUGUUUUAUUUCUGAUUGAAGCACGUAAGUGCAUAAUAGUUCUUUUGCAUAACUAGUUAUCAUAUUGAAAUUAAAAAAUAUAUGGGCCUUUGAUCAUGUGAAGACUAAUGAAUUAGCCUGGAAGCAGUAGCCUUCCGUUUCUUCUUCCAUCCUCUUUGACUGACUAACUAACUUAUCUGUGUUCACUAUCACAGAGAGGCCAGCAGCAUAUUGCGCCACAGAGACUCUACUCAGCAGACAGGGGUGCGAGAAACCUGUCAGUCCUGACAACCAUCAGCAUUCUUCCAUUUUCCAGGCUGUUUCUCGUAGGAACUGAAGAGGGCCAUCUGAAAGUCUGUUGCUAA